UCCGCUUCCGGGGAGGGGCCGAGUUUCCUUCGAAGAUAAGGGCUCUGCGCUACAGCUAGGAUGGCUGUGGUGUCCCUACUGUUGUUGGGGGGUUUGUGGAGUGCUGUGGAAGCGUCCAAUCUGGCUGUCGUUACGUGCGGCUCUGUGGUGAAGCUACUCAAUACGCGCCACAACGUGCGACUGCACUCGCACGACGUGCGCUAUGGGUCAGGUAGUGGGCAGCAGUCAGUUACAGGUGUAACCUCUGUGGACGACAGCAAUAGUUACUGGAGGAUACGGGGGAAGACGGCUACAGUGUGUGAGAGAGGAACCCCCAUCAAAUGUGGCCAACCCAUCCGGCUGACACAUGUCAACACUGGCCGAAAUCUCCAUAGUCACCACUUCACCUCACCUCUUUCUGGAAACCAGGUGAGGUGGCAUCCUGUGGAUCACUCGUGCCCUGUGCAUUACUCAGAAGUGAGUGCUUUUGGUGAGGAAGGUGAAGGCGAUUAUCUGGAUGACUGGACGGUGCUCUGUAAUGGGCCCUACUGGGUGAGGGAUGGUGAGGUGCGGUUCAAGCAUUCUUCCACCGAAGUUCUGCUGUCUGUCACGGGAGAACAAUAUGGUCGACCCAUUAGUGGGCAAAAGGAGGUACAUGGCAUGGCCCAGCCAAGCCAGAACAACUACUGGAAAGCCAUGGAAGGCAUCUUCAUGAAGCCCAGUGAGUUGUUAAAGGCAGAAGCUCAUCACGCAGAGCUAUGAGUCUGGAAGCUGUGACCCAUGUCACCACACAGUGUUCAUGACAUCUGCUCCACCUUGGGGUCCCUGCCCCAGGUUCCCUGGGCAGUGGCCAUGUCAGCACUGAGAUGAAGACGCAUGACAGAAAACAGUGGCUGUGUUUGGAAGCUUCAGCCCUUCACACUUGAAUUGGUUGUUCUCCCAGAGUUUGGGUCAGUUCUUUUUGAGUACAGGACUUGCUGGUGAAGGAGCAGAUAUUUUUAUUCAUAAUGAUAAAACAGAAACUGAGGGAGAUAUUCCUCUUAAUUGGGAAAUUUUUACUCAUCAGAAGCUUGGCAUCAUGGAUUAUUGAUGUGUGACUUUUCUCCUUUCUCUAAAAUGAUAAAGAAUUUCAUUAUUAGUCA